UCCAGCAGCAUGGGCGUUCUUCUCGCUAUCGCAACUGGGAUCUACUUCCUGAUCACCAAAUCAACAGGUUUCCUGAAGAGUUACAAAUGGCUGCUAUCAUAUCUUAUCAUCAGAUUUCAAAGAUGGACAAAGAAGAAACGCUUUGAUCUCUACAACCUGGAAGCAGAUCACGAUCCAGUUAAAGUUGGAUUUAUAUAUCCUGAUGAAGAAUGGCAACUGGAGUCCCCUCAUCCCGAAUCUCAUCUCAUUCAAGGCGCAGACGAGGUGUUCUUCUACGGCGUCAAUUCCCAAUCUGAAUGUCUGGUUGCCCGGAUAGCCCGUUCCACGCACCACGAGGCAGGCGCCUGGAUAUAUCUGAAGUUGAAGAACGGGAAGAUCUAUCGACUGAGGGACACCAGCGGGUAUCAGCAGUCGAGCAGUGACAAGAAGACCUUUUCUUGUGGCGGACUUCAGAUGCAUUAUAUCAUGCCUAUGAGGUUAUGGAGGAUUUUCUUCAACGGUUUGCUCAGGGAAACAUCAGAUGAUGAUCCGAAUUUGAACCGAAUGGUACAUGUGAAAUUUGCCUUUUUAUGGAGAGCGUCCUCAGAUGCCUUCGAUUUUCAGCAUGACAUCGAUGCAGGCUUGCUUGCUGAAGGACUGUCCAAUGAGAACUGGAAAGAUCCUCUUCCACCUUUGGAAAAACUUUCUGGGGCAUUAAAUAUGUAUGCACAAGGCGGAACCAUUUCUGGCACCGUGGGCAUCGAUGACAACACUGAAGAACACAAUUUGUACCUCUUCGGUGAAAGGCUCAGGUUUCUCGGAGACAUUACGGUUGUAGAAGGAAUGGAGUUUUUUCACGUUUUGGGACAAAUCACGAAGAACGGUCAAAUAAUUCAUGUGGCUGAAGUUUCAAUUAAGAAUGUUGUGAAAAAUCUCAAAUUAGGAUUCAUCGUUAAUCCCAAUGGAUCAGUAGUUCCAGUUACGGAUAUGAACAUCCAAAAUCUAUCUGAUGUAGAAACAGAGGAUUCUGACGUGAAGGCCAGCUUUGAUUCUGAUGGUUUUACUUUUACCCUAAGCAGCAACUUGGUGGGUAAACAAUCUCACUUCGAGAGUAAGACUGGCUGGGAAGGCUCUUUCACCAUCGAUUGCCUCAACAUGGAGUUAGAUAGCCAGAAAGGUAGUGGAGUUUUAAUCAAAGGAAAAGUGGACAAAACUUCGAGAAAAAAAUUGUUGAAAACUGAAACAAAACAGCUCCCUACAGAAACUCCUUAUGUGGUUCACUUCUCGGAGGGAGUAUGCCAGUUCCCAGAAGUUACGGGUGGCAAAGGAUCUUCAUUGGGGACGCUGACAAGUCUGAGCAAGGACUUGAAAAACUUUGUUGUCCCUGCUGGCAUGGUUGUGACGACAACUGCCUAUGAAGCUUUCUUGACGGACAAUAUAAGAAAAGAGGUCAAACAUCUUGAAAAUGUUCUGUAUGGAAACACCGAAGGAGACGUUAAAGAAUACUGUCAAAGGGCAGAAAAAGUAAUCAUGGAAACUAGUCUUCCUGAUUCAGUUCUCCAGGCAGUUAUCCAAGAGCUUCAAAAGGCAUUUGCCGACAAGAUACAUUCCAUGAAGUUCGCUAUUCGCUCAUCUGCAACAGGGGAAGACACAGAGCAGUUGUCAGCCGCCGGACAAAUGGAGACUCUUCUUGGUGUCACUGGCAUUAACGAAAUUGUUUCAGCCAUAAAAAAAUGCUGGUCAUCACAGUUUGGUUUUGUAGCUGUUCAAUAUAAAAGGCAAAACGGACAAAUCAUAAAUUCUCCAAUGGCCGUUGUGAUACAACAAAUGAUUUCUUGCGAUGUGGCUGGCGUCCUCUUUACAUGCAAUCCCCUGACUGGAAAUCCCAGCACCAUGAGCAUCACAGCUAACUAUGGUCUUGGGGAGUCUGUAGUGUCUGGCUCAGAGGAACCAGAUACGAUAGAACUGCAAAGGGAUGCAGAUGAUAAACUGCAAGUAAAGAAUAAAAUUAUUGGAGCCAAAAGUAGACGGAUUGUUUUGAGAGAUGAUACAGGUACUGAUGUAGUGGAUGUGUCUGAAAGUGAGAGGCAAUCGUGUUGCUUGUCCGACGAAAUGGCUUUAAGGCUUGGGCAUCUAGCAGUAAAGAUUGAAAAAUGCUAUCGAUCUCACAGAGAUAUCGAGUGGGGCUUUUGGAACAACAACCUGUACAUUUUCCAGUCUCGGCCGGUGACCAGCGGUUCCGGAGCAACAGAUUAUGAGAUUGACCACGAAGUUGACGAUCCCCUAAGGACUGAAAACGAAUACUUCAGUGUUUGCAACGUUGGGGAGGUGAUGCCGGGGGCUAUGUCACCUCUGGGCCUGGAUGUCACUGUCAAGUUUUUUGGACAGAUGUUUAGAAGGCGAUCGCUUAGUGAUUGGAAUAAUGCCAUUCGACCAAAUUACUUCAAGAAAGGCAUGUGUCACAUGUACAAUCACAUGAUGUUCUACGCAGCCGAUCUAAUGGAAAACAUGCUAGAUCAGUCCGCCGCAGCUCAAGCCGGACAGAUUGCUAUAUGGGGCAGAGUUCUUCAUGACGACGAGCUCUUAGACAUGGCUCGAGAAAGAGUGGGAAGGAGGAAGAAAACUCCCACUCUCGUAAGAUAUGUCAAGCUGUUCCUGUGUUACUGUAUUGCCGAGAAACGGCUGAAGCAAGCUCAGAAAUAUUACGCCAACUUUAGUGUCACAGAAAAGAAAACAGCGGAAGAACAGUUCAAAGAACUGCUUUACUGCUGCACAGAUCUGACCUCCAGCCUGAAUGCUCACAUGCUGUGUUCUUCUAUGUCCAGCAUCUAUAACAUGAUUGUGAUGUCGCUUUUGCGAGACCCGGAGGGUGAACUGAAUGAUGACGUUUACAACGAUUUCUCCAAGCUCUUAGCAUCCAUCAGCGAAGUAGAAAGUGCGGAUGUUCCCGCUGCAAUGCAGGAUCUUGCUUAUAGUAUCGCUCAGGACAUCGAACCAGAAGUUUUUAAGAAGAUGACUUCAGAAGAGGCCGAAAAUUGGCUGAGAACAACGAAAGCGACGGCAGGCGAGAAGUUCAAAGACUUUUUGCUGAAGCAUGGACAUCGGUGUUUAAAAGAGUUUGAUAUCCAUUCUGUGCCUUGGGGAGCAGACCCUAAGAUCUUAAUAUCACUACUGCAGAAUCUUGUCGGCAGUGUCAAAGAUCCAUCGUCAAAGAAGAAUAUCGACUUUGAUAAACUUCUGUCAGAAUUACAUAUACAAUUAAACAGUAAAACGAGGAUGAUUCUCAAGUUCCUGUUACCGACGUGUAGAAAAGGAGUUCAGAAUAGGGAAGCAUCAAAAUCUGUUUUAAUUCGUGGAGUGGAUGCUUGGAGAAAAGGUUACUGUCGUCUAGCGAAACUCAUGGUAUCAGAAGGGCGUAUUCCAGACGGGGAUCUCUUGUUCUUCAUGACCGUAGAUGAAAUCAAAGAGCUUUUAGAAACUCGGUCGCCUAGCAUCAUCGCCAAGGCCAGCCACAGACGAAGAAGGUAUCCUGAACUGAAUGAUUACAUAUUCCCAGAGACAAUGAAAGGAUUUCCAAUACCAAUUAACAAAGGUCCAAUGGAAACUGAAGCAACUGGGGAUGGUUUUAUGCUAAAAGGCAUUCCUGUCAGUCAAGGUGUCACAAAAGGGUUUGUCCGCGUCGCCAUUACGUUGGAGGAAGCAGCUCAACUAAAACCCCGUGAGAUUCUGGUGACAUACAGCACAGAUAUCGGUUGGUCGCCCUACUUCCCGAUGCUUUCAGGGGUGGUGACAGAACUCGGUGGUUUGAUCUCACAUGGCGCUGUGGUGAGUCGUGAAUACGGGCUACCUUGCGUUGCAGGUUUGCAUGGAGCCACCAGGCAAUUUCAGACAGGUGAUUAUGUUCUUCUUGACGGCAACAAAGGCAUUCUUCAGAAAAUAACACCCCCCGAAGAAUCCUCCACAUCUUGAAAUACAUUCGCGGCAAACAAAAGACAUUGUUAAUAAGGAGAACUACUUCAUUCGCUUGCCAGCGAGACUGUUGUUGACUGUUUUCAUGAUGAAAAGGAUUUUUCCAGUGUUAUGUCCUUAACAUUCACAGUUGUGUACAUAAAAAUAGAUAUUGCUUCUAUUUGCGUAUGAAUUUCUGCUUGUACGAGGUCUCUAAUAAAUUGCUCACAUUAUUCAUCA